UGUGUUGAUGCAUGGUAGCGACAAGAAACAAAAUAAAAGGGAGACAAAAGGGAGUGCUAUGCAAAGAGAGCUGACAAGUCAAUAGCGACAACCAAAAGGGGUCAUAGGGAAAACAGAAACGCAGCCCGUAAUAUUGCGCAGAAAGUUCGCCCAAGAUCCGACGCCGGGUAGCCAAGCUGCCCUCCCCUGAUAUCUUCCGGACAGGUCCACACUCCGCGCGGUGAGCGCCCAGCCGGCAGGACGCAGAGCCCAGAGCACGGCAGCCCGGGGCCGGGGCCCGAGGCCCCGCCACCGCCGCCUGCACCGGAGGCAGAGCGUGCGAGGCCCAGGCAGGCCCGGGGCACAGUCCCCAUGGAGGGUGCCAUGCAGCUGCUGAGCCGGGAGGGCCACAGUGUGGCCCACAACUCCAAGCGGCACUACCACGACGCCUUCGUAGCCAUGAGCCGCAUGCGGCAGCGUGGUCUCCUGUGUGACAUCGUCCUGCAUGUGGCCGCCAAGGAGAUCCGCGCACACAAGGUGGUGCUGGCCUCCUGCAGCCCCUAUUUCCACGCCAUGUUCACAAAUGAGAUGAGUGAGAGCCGACAGACACAUGUGACACUGCAUGACAUCGAUCCUCAGGCCUUAGACCAACUGGUGCAGUUUGCAUACACAGCUGAGAUUGUAGUGGGCGAGGGCAAUGUGCAGACACUGCUACCUGCUGCCAGCCUCCUGCAGCUGAACGGUGUCCGAGAUGCCUGCUGCAAGUUCCUGCUGAGUCAGCUGGACCCCUCCAACUGCCUAGGAAUCCGGGGCUUUGCCGACACACACUCAUGCAGUGACCUGCUAAAGGCAGCACACAGGUACGUGCUGCAGCACUUCGUGGACGUGGCCAAGACUGAGGAGUUCAUGCUCUUGCCGCUGAAGCAGGUGCUGGAAUUGGUCUCUAGCGACAGCCUGAAUGUGCCUUCAGAGGAAGAUGUCUACCGUGCAGUCCUGAGCUGGGUCAAACAUGAUGUGGACACUCGGAGGCAGCACGUCCCCCGGCUUAUGAAGUGUGUGCGGCUACCUCUACUGAGCCGUGACUUUCUUCUGGGCCAUGUGGAUGCUGAGAGCCUUGUACGACAUCACCCCGACUGCAAAGACUUGCUUAUCGAAGCUCUCAAGUUUCACCUGCUGCCGGAGCAGAGGGGCGUCCUAGGCACCAGCCGCACUCGGCCCCGGCGCUGUGAGGGUGCUGGCCCUGUACUCUUUGCUGUGGGUGGAGGGAGCCUUUUUGCCAUUCAUGGGGACUGUGAAGCAUAUGACACCCGAACUGACCGCUGGCAUGUGGUGGCUUCCAUGUCUACACGUCGAGCCAGGGUGGGAGUUGCUGCUGUUGGGAAUAGACUAUACGCUGUGGGCGGCUAUGAUGGGACCUCAGACCUGUCUACUGUGGAGUCAUAUGACCCCGUGACCAAUACAUGGCAGCCUGAGGUGUCCAUGGGCACAAGGCGAAGUUGCCUGGGUGUAGCUGCGCUGCAUGGGCUUUUGUACUCAGCUGGUGGCUAUGACGGGGCCUCCUGCCUCAACAGUGCUGAACGCUAUGACCCCCUGAUGGGAACAUGGACAUCCAUUGCUGCCAUGAGCACCAGGAGGCGCUACGUGCGUGUGGCCACACUCGAUGGGAACCUGUAUGCCGUGGGUGGCUAUGACAGCUCCUCACACCUGGCCACUGUGGAGAAGUAUGAGCCCCAGGUGAACUCGUGGAGUCCCGUGGCCUCCAUGCUGAGCAGGCGAAGCUCUGCUGGUGUGGCAGUACUGGAAGGUUCCCUGUAUGUGGCAGGAGGAAAUGAUGGCACCAGCUGUCUCAACUCAGUAGAGAGAUACAGUCCCAAGGCUGGCGCAUGGGAAAGUGUGGCACCCAUGAAUAUCCGCAGGAGCACACAUGACUUGGUGGCCAUGGAUGGAUGGCUCUAUGCUGUAGGGGGCAACGACGGCAGCUCCAGCCUCAACUCCAUUGAGAAAUACAACCCAAGGACCAACAAAUGGGUGGCUGCCUCUUGCAUGUUCACACGGCGCAGCAGUGUGGGUGUGGCAGUCCUGGAGCUGCUCAACUUCCCACCACCAUCCUCACCUACACUGUCUGUGUCCUCUACCAGCCUCUGACCUGCAGUACGGACCACACAGAGGCCCUACAUGCCUUAAGCCCCACAGGGUGGCCCCUGCACCUCCCUGUCCCUGACUGUAUGUUGGGGGCAGGAUCCACAGCUCCCACCAGGGAUAGCCUACAACAUCUGUCCAUGUCUGCGUUCGUUUUCCUCGGUGUUCCUUUAUGUGUGUGCUGUUUAUUUAUUGAUUCACUAUUUAUUGAUGGACAAGCAGAACUGCAGCUACCAGUUUAUAUGUUUACUGUCCAAAUGUGGCUCUUCUGUCUGUGAGGACCAGGCAGCCCUCCAGACUCCUGCCUGAGACAGCAGGAAUGAUGAGGGUAGACACUCCCUACAGAGGGUUCAGCAGCCAGAAUUAGCAGCAGGAGGGGAUUGAAGGCUUUCUAAAACAGGUGCAGAUCCCUAGCCAUGCUUUGCACAGCACCCUUACCUGGCCCAGCCAAGCACCGUUCCUAGGAAGGGCACAAAGCAGGCUUCCUUCCUUCCUGUGUCCUGUAUGCAGUUGGUGUCUUUUCUGGGUCUUGUUUGGGCCUGAGCACACAUAUGCACUCAGACCCUACACAGCAAUAUGAGCCAACUUGAAUAAUAAACAUGUUUCUUGGGCUCCUUGGG